AUGGCUAAACAAAUAGGAGGCAUCACAUGGAAGGGUGAAGAAGAAGCACUCUACACAAGUGAAAGUCGGAGCAAUUAUAGGCCGUCUACAAAACGUGGAUACAAAAAUGGUGACAAAGGAAGAAGUCGUCAAGGAGCUGCACAACCUGGAAGAACUCAGAAGAACAAUAACCAAAGUUCUCAAGGGAAGAGAUUUGAAGGCAUCUCCUACAAUUGCAGGAAAAAUGAUCACAUGUUCGAGGAUUGUCGACACACGGCAGGACGUGAGUGGGCCAUGUCAUGUGCAGGUCGAGGGUCGCGGUCACAGGCAUUAAGUAGGGCAUGGAAGGAAGCUUGUGGACAUAACGGACAUGGUAUAGUUUUAGUACCAGCGGGGAGCUUUUUGGUUUUACCGUUAGUGCUUGAAGGUCCAUGCAAAGGAUCCAUUGGUCUGCUUAUUAAUGGUAAAUUGUUGGCUCCUGUCAGCAAGAAUUUCGCCACCGGUAAAUACUGGCUGAGUAUCUCCAAAGUCGACAACUUUUUCGUUAACGGUUCUGGCAGCUUGAACGGUGGCGGUUCUUCAGCUUGGCAUUCCGAUACUUCUAACCGUCCAAUUUCGAUGAAACUUUCUGGUGUCAACACUGCGAGAAUUUCAAAGAUAACAUCGUCCAAUAGCAAAUUCUUCCAUUUUGGUGUGCAUAAAUGUCGUGAUGUCACGUUUGAUCACGUUACAAUCAUAGCUCCAGCAGAUAGCCCCAAUACAGAUGGAAUUCACAUUUCCAAGUCAAGUGGUAUCACUAUUAUGCAUUCAGUGAUUGGCACCGGAGACGAUUGCAUCUCUCUAGGCCCUGGAAGUAAAUUCAUCAACAUAACAGACGUCCAGUGUGGUCCAGGUCAUGGAAUUAGCAUCGGUAGCCUCGGAAAGUACCCAAAUGAAGAAGAUGUCUCUGAAGUCACAAUAAGAGACUCUACAUUUGUUGGCACAGACAAUGGUGUGAGGAUCAAAACAUGGUCAACUUCAUUUUCUAGUUCUGUUAGCAAGAUCGCUUUUCUCAAUCUCGAAAUGAAGGAUGUAAAAAAUCCUAUCAUCAUUGAUCAAAAAUAUUGCACUGAUUGCGACGAACAUAAAAUGAGUAACUCAAAAGUACAGAUUAAAGACGUGAGAUAUGAAGGCAUAAUCGGGAGUUCAACAUCCCAAGCGGCAGUAAGUUUUGAAUGCAGCCAAGUUUGUUCAUGUGAAAGCAUAGUGUUACAAGACAUUAACCUCUCCUACAAAGGUGAUGGCGAACCAACUUCCAUUUGUCACAAUGUGAAGGGCUCUGCAUUUGGAGGCAUCACAUGGAAGGGUGAAGAAGAAGCCCUCUACACAAGUGAAAGUCGGAGCAAUAAUAGGCCGUUUACCAAACAUGGAUAUAAAAAUUGUGACAAAGGAAAAAGUCGUCAAAUAGUUGCACAACCUGGGAGAACUCAGAAGUACGACAACCAAAGUUCUCAAGGAAAGAGAUUUGAAGGCAUCUUCUACAAUUGCAGGAAAAAGGGUCAUAUGUCCAAGGAUUGUUGGUCCAAAAAAAAAUCUGUUGAAAGCAAUGUGGCACCCUCCAACAUGGAGAUGGAGGAUGAAUGGGAUGCAGAGGUACUAUGUCUCAUAGAAGAAGGCGAGCUAGCGUUCAUGGCGAUGAUGGGAGAAUAUAUCGAUUACGAGGAUGACUGGAUCAUUGAUUGA